AUGGCCUCACAAUUGACACCACCUCCCGGCGUCUUUGUCCCGGUCCCGACCUUCUUCAAGCCGGCCGCCGCCUCUGACGACGUCUUUGAGCCCACGAUCGACAUCGAGACGCAGGUUGCUCACACCGUGUUCCUGGCCAAGGCCGGCAUCACGGGCCUGACCAUUCUCGGGUCAACGGGCGAGGCCGUCCAUCUGUCGCGGCAGGAAAGAUACGACCUCGUGGCCGGUGUCCGGGCCGGGCUCAACGAUGCUGGCUUUGCGAAUUACCCGAUCAUGGCCGGGGUCCUCACCAACAGCGUCGGCGAGACGGUCGAGUGGCUGCAGGACUAUGCGAAAGCCGGAGCACAGUGGGGGUUGGUUCUCGCGCCUGGGUAUUUCGGAAAGGCAGUCAACCAGCAGAACCUCAUUGACUGGUUCACUGUCGUUGCAGAUCGGAGUCCCAUCCCGAUCCUGAUUUACAACUAUCCGGGCGUUACCAAUGGGCUUCUUGUGGAACCGGAUACCUACAGAGUGCUUGCCAAGCACCCGAAGAUCAUCGGUUGUAAAAUGUCUCACGGAGACGUCUCGUACCAUGUCCAAGUCUCGACCGACCCUCAAAUCGACCACGACGCGUUUCGAGUAUACAGCGGCUUCGGUCAGCAGCUUGGUCCGAUUGUUCUGUUUGGCGCGGCGGGUGUAAUUGAUGGGCUGGCUGCCUUUUACCCCAAGACGGUGGUGAGGCUAUUUGCCCUGGCAAACCAGGGCUCGUUCCAGGCAGAUGCCCUAUCCGAGGUCCGAAGACUGCAGUUUGCUGUUAGUCGUGCCGAAGAGUUUAUUGCGAGGACCGGAAUCAUCGGUAUUCGUGAAGGCAUCAUUCGCAAGACGGGGCUGGGUGCGCUUGAGGGAGGAAGAUUGCCGCUAAAGGGAAGACUGCCGGAGGAAAACUGGACGGCUCUGCACAAGCUGUAUCUGUCUGAUAUUGAGCAGAUUGAGAACUCAUUGUAA